UUUUGGCAAAGUUCACAUUUGUGUUAGCUCCUCUUUCACUUUUGCUACAUAGCUGCCUUCAGGCAGGACACCCCACCCCACCCCAGAAACAGAUCCUGUUCUGGACCUCUUCAAAGCUCCCAGCUUCUCUGUCACUUUGGAAUUUUCUUGCUCCAGAUCCCUGGGAAAGGACAAAACUGCAUAAAUAUGACCAACCAAGUAUCCUGGAAAGGAGAGGUUGGUCUGGAGCUUGGGGACUUGAUAGAAAUCUUCCGCUUGGCCUACCAGCACUGGGCGAUCUACGUGGGAAAUGGUUACGUGAUCCAUCUCGCUCCACCAAGCGAACUUGCGGGAGCUGGUUGCGCCAGCCUCAUGUCCACCCUCACCAACAAGGCCUUGGUGAAGAAGGAGCGGCUCUUGGAAGUGGUGGGCCAUGACCGAUACCGGGUCAACAACAAACACGAUGCCAAAUACACCCCACUGCCCGUUAACAAGAUUAUCCAGCUGGCUGAAGAGAAGGUGGGCCAAGAACUGGAGUAUAAAAUCACCAGCGAGAAUUGUGAGCACUUCGUCACCGAACUGCGCUAUGGCGUGGCCAGGAGCGAUCAAGUCCGAGAUUUCUUUGUGGGGGCGACCAUUGCGGGCCUGGCUGGCUUGUUUGUUGGUGUCGGCGCGGCCGUGGUCAAGAGGAAAAAGCAGCAGAACCAAUAAUGAGGAAAAAAAAAAGAUUCUCUCAGAAUUCCUCAGCUCCUUGGCAUUUGUAUCUGUGGGGGGGGGUGUGGGUGUGGGGGGGGGGGGCUAAGUUUCUAAAAACUUGAGAUACGAUUGCCGUGAGG